GGCCAUCUUGUGUUGUUGAGGCUGAAGACUGAUUUGGGUUCUGAGAGACUCCCUGUCCCGGACCGCAGAUUAGAGUGGGACCAGUCUCAUUUAGUUGACCCUGCAGCCUAUGUUGGUGUUAAUCCAGUGUUAAAAGGAUCUGAACAAAGUCUGCUCAAACCUCCUGCUGUGAACCAGCAGAACUUUUGAACAGGUUUCUCCACGUAAAUUUAUUGUAAAAAUACGGAAAAAGAUGGCAGCGGAAACGCAGACACUGAACUUUGGGCCUGAAUGGCUCCGAGCUCUGUCCAGUGGUGGGAGUAUUACAUCCCCUCCUCUUUCUCCAGCAUUACCGAAGUAUAAAUUAGCAGACUAUCGUUACGGCAGAGAAGAAAUGUUAGCACUUUUCCUCAGAGACAGCAAGAUACCUUCAGACCUUCUGGAUAAAGAAUUUCUGCCUAUACUACAGGAGGAGCCCCUACCACCUUUGGCUCUUGUACCCCUUACGGAAGAAGAACAGAGAAACUUUUCCAUGUCUGUCAACAGCGCCGCUGUCCUGCGAUUGACAGGACGAGGAGGAGGCGGCACAGUGGUGGGGGCUCCUAGAGGUCGAAGUUCUUCAAGAGGGCGAGGCAGAGGCAGAGGUGAAUGUGGUUUUUACCAAAGAAGUUUUGACGAAGUGGAGGGCGUGUUUGGUCGAGGAGGCGGCAGGGAAAUGCAUAGAUCGCAGAGCUGGGAGGAAAGGGGUGACAGACGUUUUGAAAAACCAGGACGAAAAGAUGUAGGGAGACCAAAUUUUGAGGAAGGUGGACCAGCAUCAGUGGGGAGAAAGCAUGAAUUUAUCCGAUCAGAAAGUGAAAAUUGGCGUGUCUUUAGAGAGGAACAAAAUGGAGAAGAUGAAGAUGGAGGCUGGCGACUAGCUGGAUCAAGAAGGGAUGGAGAGAGGUGGCGGCCUCACAGUCCUGAUGGCCCUCGUUCUGCAGGCUGGCGAGAACACGUGGAACGACGGCGAAGGUUUGAGUUUGACUUUAGAGAUCGGGAUGAUGAGCGGGGUUAUCGAAGAGUGCGCUCUGGCAGUGGGAGCAUAGAUGAUGACAGGGAUAGCUUGCCUGAGUGGUGCUUAGAAGAUGCAGAAGAGGAAAUGGGCACAUUUGACUCGUCUGGAGCAUUCCUCUCUCUAAAGAAAGUACAAAAGGAGCCUAUUCCAGAAGAGCAGGAGAUGGACUUCCGGCCUGUGGAAGAGGGGGAAGAGUGCUCUGACUCUGAGGGUAGCCAUAAUGAAGAAGCCAAAGAACCCGAUAAGACAAAUAAGAAAGAAGGAGAGAAAACAGAUAGAGUAGGAGUUGAAGUUAGUGAAGAAGCACCUCAAACCUCUUCGUCAUGUGCUAGACCAGGUACUCCUUCAGACCAUCAGCCUCAGGAAACACCACAGUUUGAGAGGAAAGAGGAACCCAAAACUGAGCAAACGGAAAAAGCUGAAGAGGAGAGUCGAACGGAAAAUAGUUUACCAACCAAAGUGCCCAACAGAGGGGACGAAAUGGUUCCUGAUGUCCAACAGCCCCUGUCACAGAUUCCUUCAGAUACAACCUCUCCUCUUCUCAUACUUCCACCUCCUGUUCCCAAUCCUAGCCCUGCCCUCCAGCCAGUUGAAACGCCGGUCGUCGGUGCUCCUGGUAUGGGCAGUGUUUCCACAGAGCCAGAUGACGAAGAGGGCCUCAAACAUUUGGAGCAGCAAGCUGAGAAGAUGGUGGCUUAUCUCCAAGACAGUGCGUUAGAUGAUGAGAAACUGGCAUCGAAACUACAAGAACACAGAGCAAAAGGAGUCUCCAUUCCGUUAAUACAUGAAGCAAUGCAGAAGUGGUAUUAUAAAGAUCCCCAAGGCGAAAUUCAGGGUCCCUUCAAUAAUCAGGAGAUGGCAGAGUGGUUUCAGGCGGGCUAUUUUACCAUGUCUUUAUUGGUGAAGAGAGCAUGUGAUGAAAGCUUCCAGCCUCUUGGUGAUAUCAUGAAAAUGUGGGGAAGAGUUCCCUUCUCGCCUGGCCCAGCUCCCCCUCCUCAUAUGGGAGAGUUGGACCAGGAGCGACUGUCAAGACAGCAGGAACUCACAGCCUUAUACCAGAUGCAGCACCUCCAGUACCAGCAGUUCUUAAUACAACAACAGUAUGCACAGGUUUUGGCUCAGCAACAGAAAGCAGCCCUGUCUUCCCAGCAGCAGCAACAGUUGGCGCUUCUCCUCCAGGCUCUGAAGAUGAGAAUAUCUGAUCAGAACAUCAUUCCCUCAGUAACUAGGUCUGUGUCCGUGCCAGAUACUGGCUCUAUCUGGGAGCUUCAGCCAACAGCCUCACAGCCUACAGUUUGGGAAGGUGGCAGUGUGUGGGAUCUUCCCCUGGACACCACGACUCCAGGACCAGCCCUGGAGCAGCUUCAGCAGAUGGAGAAGGCCAAGGCUGCAAAGCUAGAACAGGAGAGGAGAGAGGCAGAAAUGAGGGCAAAACGGGAAGAGGAGGAGCGCAAGAGGCAAGAAGAACUCCGGAGACAACAGGAAGAAAUGCUUCGGAGACAGCAGGAGGAGGAGAGGAAAAGGCGGGAAGAAGAGGAGCUUGCCCGAAGGAAACAGGAAGAGGCUCUGCGGCGCCAGAGGGAGCAAGAAAUCGCGUUAAGGCGGCAGCGAGAAGAGGAAGAACGGCAGCAACAAGAAGAAGCUCUUAGAAGGCUGGAGGAGAGGAGGAGAGAAGAGGAAGAACGGCGGAAGCAGGAAGAAUUGUUACGCAAGCAGGAAGAGGAGGCUGCAAAAUGGGCCCGGGAAGAAGAAGAAGCUCAGCGUCAAUUAGAGGAAAACCGGCUGCGGAUGGAAGAGGAGGCGGCCCGUCUCCGGCACGAGGAGGAGGAACGGAAGAGGAAAGAGCUGGAGCUGCAGCGCCAGAAGGAGCUGAUGCGGCAGAGGCAACAGCAGCAGGAGGCGCUCCGCAGAUUGCAGCAGCAGCAGCAGCAGCAACAGCUGGCCCAGAUGAAGCUUCCCUCUUCUUCAACGUGGGGCCAGCAGUCCAACACAACAGCAUGUCAGUCCCAGGCAACGCUGUCAUUGGCCGAAAUCCAAAAACUAGAAGAAGAAAGAGAACGGCAGCUUCGAGAAGAGCAAAGGCGCCAGCAGAGGGAGCUGAUGAAAGCACUCCAGCAGCAGCAGCAGCAACAGCAGCAGAAACUUUCAGGUUGGGGCAAUGUCAGCAAGCCUGCAGGCACCACAAAAUCCCUCCUGGAGAUACAGCAGGAAGAGGUCAGGCAGAUGCAGAAGCAGCAGCAGCAGCAGCAACACCAGCAGCAGCAGCAGCCAAAUAGAGCCCGGAAUAACACGCAUUCCAACCUGCACACCAGCAUUGGGAAUUCUGUUUGGGGCUCUAUAAAUACAGGUCCCCCGAACCAGUGGGCCUCUGACCUCGUCAGUAGUAUCUGGAGUAAUGCGGACACGAAAAACUCCAACAUGGGAUUCUGGGAUGAUGCAGUGAAAGAGGUGGGACCUAGGAAUUCAACAAAUAAAAAUAAAAACAACGCCAGUCUCAGUAAAUCCAUAGGUGUGUCUAACCGGCAAAAUAAGAAAGUGGAAGAAGAAGAAAAGUUACUGAAGCUCUUUCAGGGAGUAAAUAAAGUCCAGGAUGGAUUCACCCAAUGGUGUGAACAGAUGCUGCAUGCCCUCAACACGGCAAAUAACCUGGAUGUUCCCACGUUUGUUUCUUUCCUGAAAGAAGUAGAAUCUCCUUAUGAAGUCCAUGAUUAUAUCAGGGCCUAUUUAGGAGAUACUUCUGAGGCCAAGGAGUUUGCCAAGCAGUUCCUCGAGCGCCGUGCCAAACAGAAAGCCAGCCAGCAGCGUCAGCAGCAGCAGCAGCAGCAGCAGCAGCAGCAGCAGCAACAGCAACAGCAACAGCAACAGCAACAGCCGCAGCCGCAGCCGCAGCCGCAGCAGCCGCAGGACUCUGUGUGGGGGAUGAACCACAGUACACUCCAUUCAGUAUUUCAGACCAAUCAGAGCAACAACCAACAGUCCAACUUUGAGGCUGUACAAAGUGGCAAGAAGAAGAAAAAGCAGAAGAUGGUCCGAGCAGAUCCCAGUUUAUUAGGUUUUUCAGUAAAUGCGUCAUCGGAGCGACUCAACAUGGGCGAAAUUGAGACUUUGGAUGACUACUGAGCACCUGCCAGCGCACUGGCCUUCCUCUCCUGUCUGCCGACCACAGCUUCUCCACCUCUGGACACAACACUCACUCUCCGUUCACUCUUUAUCACUCUGCAGCAGUUCACAGAACCCAUCAUCUCAGGCGUUUCCUUCCAGCCCUUUUUGUCCAAGAGUCUUUAAACAGUUUUUGUUGGUGAGCAUCUCAGACUGUAGCCAAGCGAGCCGGACUCUGUCUCUCGGGGGCGGCAGUUGGGAGGCCUCCCCAACAAGGCUGGUUUUAGGCAGCACGUUUCCUGUGCCGUGAUUUCAUCGACUGUCUCCCAGAGAGUGUGGGGUCUGCCAGUAGCAGCUUACCUUCUCUUGUCAUUUCCUCCUCCUCCUUUUCCCCCCUUAAGGGCAAGGGGGUCUGACUGGUGCAAUCAGGAAGAGAGUUCAUGGUCGGCAGACCUUGGUCAGCUGCACAGCACCCCGAGGACUGGCGGGAGUGUCCACCGAGGUGGGCAGGACUCUCCCAGUCCUACAGUUGGGUUGCCACAGCUAACUUCGGGAUUGCAUCCAGGAGGCCCCCAGUAGGGUGGAGUUUAGAUUGGAUUGGUUUGAUGUUGCACCCCCCUUGCCUAUUCUUUCUGAGAUGCUUUCUUCAUUAGAUAGUGACUUCCAAGCACGCUGACUUCUCCCUGGCAUACUCCUGAUUGGACAAAGGAGACCCUAUGGCCUGGGAGAGAGACUUAUUCUUAAUUUUUCUUUCUUACAAAAACUGAUUUUUUCCAUAAAUAUUUUUACUUCAGAGGACUAGGACCAGUUUGUUUUGGGCCCUUCUGCUGAAAAUUUGUCUCGUUUAAGAGGCAGCUAGGAUCUUUACCAUAUGUAUGAAUUUGUAUAAUUUCCUUUUGGAUAGGGAUAAAUUUUUCCUUCUGAUAAAGGCCCGGAAUUUCAUCUGGUUCCUCAGAGUAUUGUAUGUGUGUCUUGCUGUGGUCCCAAAAAGGUUUUGUUGAAAGAUUCUGGAAUGGCAAUUGUUUGCGUUUUCUGAAAAGAGAACAACCUGACCAUCUUUAAGACCCUGAUCCGUGGACACCACGAUGCAGGAGGAUGCGGUGGGAUGGAGGGGAAGGGAGAUGACGGGAGGGCAGCCCGCUCUGCCUUCUGUUCUCCCUCCUCACACCCCUUUGCUUCAGAUAGAAAUGUAUUCAAGCUCUAUUUAUAACCAGAUACUCUCCCUGCUUCCACCAGCCCCCACAGAACACUACCAGGAUUGCCAAUCCCCCUUGGGGCUGGGGCCGUUGGACAGCUGUGCUGUGGGAGAGGCGCUGUGGUCUGGGUGGCUCCCGUGUGCAGCACCUUUUCUUUCUGUCCUCAACGUUUGAAGGAGGCUGGAGUUGCUCUGAGAGUUUGGUUUUGGAUGAUUUUAUUUGGUUUCUAGUUUUCUUAUUUUGGAUCACCACUCUCCCUAUCCCUCCUUGCCUCCCUCCCUCCUAAACAUGUAUAAUAACUAUACAGAGACUGCUACAAAUGUGUAUAUAGUUUUUGGAUCAAAUAGCAUGAGGAGACGGGGAACCCUUAAAAAUCGGAACUCCGGCUCUCCUUUGCUUUGUAAAUUCAGAAGUGGGGGGUGGGGAAGAGGGAUAGUUAAAAUGUUUACAAAACUUUAAGCUUCCUCGGAACUUUUGCCAGCGUGGAGGAAAAUAAAGAACUUAAAUAAACAGGGUUGUAUUCUGUUUGAGCGUUCCUCUUGUACUUGCCUUUGUGGAGGCUAAGUUUUGUGCUAAACUGUCCCCCUUGGCACCACGGAAAAGCUCCAAGCAAGUGAGUGCCUGAGACCUGGUGACGGCGUCGCUUUCUCCGCCAGGCUAUGGAACAUUGGCUGGCCCUGUACUUGAGAACGUAGAGGUCAAGGUAAACACUGGUAAGCUUGACCAAAUGUCUUUCCUCCUUUGUGCCAGAAGCUGGCUUUCUCCCUUUCUUCUGACUUGUGGGUUGUCCCCUGCCCUCAUACCCACAGACAUGCCCCCUCUGAGCAUGCCAUGCAACUUCCAAACUGGAGUGUUUGCUCAGGGAAAAUAAAAAUAAAUUGGGGGUGGAAUGGGCAGAUUCCAAAAAAACCAAACGCAUUGCCAUCAAGUCGAU